AUGCCCUCCGCGAGUCCCUCCCUCACGAAUUUUUUUUUAUCAUGAUAUCGUAUCGUAUCAUAUCGUCCUGUGCUCGGAGCCACCCGGAACUUGAUCCUGGCGUUUCCAAAGCCCCCAACCUCUGUUCCAUAAAGCCUUUGUCCUUUCUACCCUCCCCUAUACAUUGCUAUUGUUGCCUCCUUGACCAACUGGACCUGGCGCGUGGCUGCUCCGCUGCUACGUGCGACGGCUUUCUGCCGUCUCCUUCUCACAACCACCAAACGAGAGGAGCUGUUCUCCCAUCCGUGGCACCCCCCUCCCCCGACUCAGCUAGCCCUAGAAUCCUCCUCCGCCCGUUGCUCUCCGCCCUCAGGAUCACCGUUUCCGAUUACUUCCGCCAGCAGCAACACAUUCUGUCGUCCUGCCUGUGACUCUUCGGCAUCCCUCCUGCUCUCCAGACGUGCACUCACCCCAUACUAAAAAAAAAAAAAAAAAACACUAACAUCGUCGUCAAGUCCAGCGUAGCCUUCACCAUGGGGAACUGCGGCUCCUCGUGCUCCACCUGCUGCAGAGGUCUUUCCCCCAGAUUUUUACCCGACGCCGAUCUUGUGAGGUCGUGUUUUUGAUGUUCUAACGUGAUAUAGGCCGCGCUCGGGAUGGUCUAUACGAGCCAGUGCUCCAGGAGAGCGAGAGGGAGGCAGUCUCGGAUCUCCUGCAAUACCUCGAGAAUGUAAACUUUCUCAACGCCUUGCAUCUACUUAUGCUCGACCCUUUUUCAUGGUGGAUGCUAACGUUGGAUCUAGCGUACUGAGGUUGACUUUUUCACCGGGGAGCCUCUGAGGGCAUUGAGCACUCUCGUGUAUUCGGAUAAUGUCGAUCUUCAACGUAGUGCUAGUUUGACAUUCGCGGAGAUCACAGAGAGGGGUAGGGGUCUUACAUCCACAGCCACGCUUGCUUAUUCUUUCGGAUUGCUGAUUAGGCCCGUGUUAGAUGUUCGGGAGGUGGAUCGUGAUACGCUUGAGCCAAUACUUUUCCUCCUUCAGUGUUCGGAUAUCGAGGUGCAGCGUGCCGCCAGCGCUGCCUUGGGAAACCUCGCUGUCAACAGUCCGUAUUCUUUGGCCAGAGCUUUGAUUUAUUACAGGGUGCUAACCCUGAUGCAGCUGAAAAUAAGGUUGCAAUAGUCCUGCUCGGCGGACUUGCGCCGUUGAUACGACAAAUGAUGUCGCCGAAUGUCGAGGUUCAAUGUAAUGCGGUGGGAUGCAUCACCAAUCUCGCCACUCAUGAGGAUAACAAGGCCAAAAUUGCCAGGUCAGGUGCUCUGGGGCCAUUGACAAGACUUGCUAAAUCCAAAGAUAUGCGGGUGCAACGGAACGCAACGGGGGCUUUGUUAAACAUGACACAUUCAGGUAUGUUGGCCUGACAUUCCGGUAUGCGGUAGAGCCGUCCUUGCUAAGGACAACCCAGACGAUAAUCGGCAACAACUGGUCAACGCGGGUGCUAUCCCUGUCCUGGUAUCUCUGCUGUCUUCGGGGGAUCCGGAUGUUCAAUACUACUGUACAACGGCUCUCAGUAAUAUUGCUGUCGACCACGCCAAUCGGAAAAAAUUGGCAUCAAACGAACCUAAGCUGGUAUUCUCCCUGGUUCACCUGAUGGAUUCAUCCAGUCCGAAAGUACAAUGUCAGGCUGCAUUGGCACUUCGAAAUCUAGCGUCCGACGACAAAUAUCAACUCGAUAUUGUCCGUGCUAAGGGUCUCCCGCCCCUUCUCCGUCUCCUUCAGACCGAUUACCCUCCCCUCACUCUUUCAGCCGUUGCCUGUAUCCGGAACAUAUCGAUACACCCGCUCAACGAGUCCCCGAUCAUCGAGGCAGGAUUCCUGAGGCCGUUGGUGGGUUUGCUUGGGUCAACGGAAAAUGAGGAGAUUCAGUGUCACGCGAUAUCGACCUUGCGGAAUUUGGCUGCCAGUUCUGACAAAAAUAAGGAGCUGGUCUUAGAAGCGGGGGCAGUACAAAAAUGCAAACAAUUGGUUCUGGAUGUUCCCUUGAGCGUCCAAUCAGAAAUGACGGCGGCGAUCGCCGUGUUGGCCCUGAGCGACGACCUCAAGUCCCAUCUGUUGAACCUAGGAGUAUUCGAUGUACUAAUCCCCCUCACAGCAUCGGAAAGCAUUGAGGUUCAAGGAAAUAGUGCGGCCGCAUUGGGAAAUCUCUCCUCUAAGGGUAAUGCGAGCAUCCAGUGAGAAAUCCUGCCUUGACAUUUGCUGACAUUCUUUUCUAGUUGGCGAUUAUUCGAUGUUUGUACAGGAUUGGCUGGAACCGGAGGGUGGUAUUCAUGGCUACUUGAAGAGAUUCCUUGCCAGUGGAGACCCAACGUUCCAGCACAUCGCCAUUUGGACUUUACUCCAGCUCUUGGAAGCUGAUGAUACCCGGUUAAAGAAUCUUAUUGGCCAGUCGACUGAAAUUGUAACAAUGAUAAGAAACAUUGCGGACAAGAAUAUCGACUCUGAUGACGAAGGGGAAGAUGGAGAAGGGGAGGUUGUUGCGUUGGCUCGGCGUUCUGCGGAUUUACUGAGUGGGACGAAUGUUACUUCCGGGAAGGCCCAGUAAGUGGAGGAUAUCGGGCGAAACUCGAUGCUAUUGGGUUCAUCGUUUGACUGGAUUUUUGAUGGGCGUUCGUUGGGAUAUUGACAUCGAUUCUCUUUGCGUCCGCAUGCUUAUUCUGCAGGUGUCAAUACAUCUGUAUCACUAAGUCGUGUCAAGCAGGUUUAUGGAUCACGAGUUUUCUUCAUUUUUGCAAUAUGGUGUUUUCCGGAUCAAGCGUUGGAGAUUCACAGGAUGGGUGCUAAAUUGCCACAAACACACAAAAAAAAAGACUUCGAGCCUUGUUCGGGGCUUGAGAUAUCACUUUGUUCACAAGCAUGCGGGGUUUCAAUGGGAAUGGUUAUUCAUUUUUAUUUUAUUUAUAUCUGUUUUUAGUAGCUUCAUCUCAUUCUGGUCAGGAGCACUCGGGGUAGUUGUAAUUUGUACCUUACCUUUCUCUUUCCCGGUUACUUUUUCCUUUCGAGUUUCCUUGCUCUAAUACCUCUGUCUUUUUGCGAUCAUUGAGCC